GCGAAGUGACAUUCGGGUGAUACAUGAGCGCGUGUUCAUACAGCCAACAAGACGUGCUAUUGUAAUUAAAUGAUGACGUCGGGAUACACGAGUUCAUGGAGAUGAGUCCUACCUAGUCUGGAUUCCAAUUUGAUGAUUUUGCACACAUGAAGUAAACUAUAUGCUACAGGAUCAUCACAAACAAGCCAUGAUCCAAAACGCCUACCUACUAACUAUGAUUCUGGUAAUGGUGUUACUAAACGUGCUCUUCGGUAUCAACGGUGGACACAACCACGAUUCGAACAUGGAUGUUCUGCAGAAUAAACUAAUGACAAACAGCAAGGCAAGCGAGCAUCAUGUAAGACGCCGCUCCGUUUCGAAUUCCUUUAACCUCAAGAUACAAAGAGAGGGACCGUCCAUCACUGUGUCGAACAAUGGUCGCACGUUUCACUAUCACGGACGGACUAUUGUCAAUGGGAUGCUGCAGGAGUUCUUUGGAAUUCUACCUUCACCCGCUUCCACAAAGCCCUUAAACGACCCAUUAUCCUUGGUCAGCAACUCUGAGAACGGCGCUCACUCUAGCAGCUCCUAUACGUCUGGACGUGAGAGAUACAGUCUAGCUAAUCCUCGACCCGACGCCCCAAACUCAGCACUUUCGCAGAAUAUCUUACGCAGCAAGGAUUCCAGUUCUCACGAUUCUUCCGACUCUAAGACGACCGGAUAUCGUCGGAAUCCUAACGCUCGUCAAACACCGGCAACGGAUCUUCCUGACGCCGUGCAACUACGGCAAACGGCUAAAAUAAACUACUGGAAUAACAUUGGCCAUGGACGUUCACCAGCCAUUUCAUUAUCACCAAGGAUACCUUCGUAUGUCGAAUACUUCACCGCGAUAAGAAAUCCUUCCAGAAGACAAGACACAGGUCAGCAGUUUUCGGGAUAUGCCUUCAAUAUUAUAGAUGAAGACAGACUUCUGUUUCCUCAGUUUGGACAACAACAUUUGAAGGCCAUCCCAGGCCUGUCUAUGUAUCCAUAUUUAGCGUCCGAGUACCAGGGGCACAACAGAUCUCUAGAACCUAUUUCAGAAGCAAUUAUAUCUGGAAUGCAUGCACAAUACUUUGGCAUCAAACGCCAUAGAAGGGUAUAAGACAUAAUAUGUCAAAUAAAAAUAUUUUAAAUGGCA